GUAAUAGAAUGCUGAGUCGCCUUCAAAGAUCCGCUAUAAAGAUGCGCAUGUCCCAAGUACGAUAUCUUGCAGAUAGCUUGUAAGUGGUUGUCCGUUGCUGCAUCACUGCUGAGCUGAACAUAUACUUUUGCUACUGAAACUUUUCUGGAUAAAAUCAGCAACUCAAAAAGAUGCGUGAGUGUGUUUCUAUUCACAUUGGACAAGCCGGGUGUCAAAUCGGUAACUCCUGUUGGGAACUGUUCUGCCUAGAACAUGGAAUUGAACCCGAUGGUAGUGUUGUGUCUGAUUCGAAAGUGCCCAGUACCGAUGGAUCCUUCGACACUGAGUCCUUUGACACUUUCUUCAGUGAUACUGGAUCUGAGAAGUAUGUCCCACGAGCAAUAUUUGUUGAUCUGGAACCAACAGUGAUUGAUGAGAUCAAAACUGGACGAUACCGAUCACUAUUUCAUCCUGACCACAUGAUUACACACAAGGAAGAUGCUGCAAAUAACUUUGCUCGUGGUCACUACAGCGUUGGAAAGCAGGUUAUUGACAAGGUGUCUGAUGCACUUCGAAAAGUCGUUGAUCAAUGUACAGGCCUCCAAGGAUUUCUUCUCUUCCAUUCUCUGGGUGGUGGCACUGGCUCUGGAUUUGCUUCUCUAUUGAUGGAACGGCUUUCAGUUGAUUAUGGUAAAAAAUGCAAACUUGAAUUUGUAGUCUACCCAUCUCCCAACAUUAGUACGGCAGUUGUUGAGCCAUACAACUCUGUGCUUGCAACUCAUUUUGAUUUGGACCAUUCUGACUGUGCGUUUGUGAUUGACAAUGAGGCAAUCUAUGCCAUCUGUAAGAAAAGCCUUGACAUUGAGCGCCCUAGUUAUUCAAAUCUCAAUCGACUUGUAAGCCAGGUCGUUUCUUCUGUGACUGCCUCUCUACGAUUUGGGGGGGUUCUCAAUGUUGAUCUUGCUGAUUUUUUGACCAAUUUGGUACCAUAUCCUCGAAUCCACUUCCCGUUGGUGACGUAUGCUCCGAUUAUCUCUCCAGAGAAGGCCCACAAUGAGAAACUCAGCGUUUCCGAACUCACUAACGCUUGCUUUGAACCAGUCAAUCAAAUGGUAAAAUGUGACCCUCGUCAGGGGAAGUACAUGGCCUGCUGUUUACUAUACAGAGGAGAUGUUACCCCCAAGGAUGCAAACUCAGCUAUUGCUGCCAUCAAGACAAAGCGUACCAUACAAUUUGUUGAUUGGUGUCCCACAGGUUUCAAGAUUGGUAUAAACCACCAGCCUCCCACUGCUGUUCCUGGUGGAGAUCUUGCCAAAGUUCAACGCUCUGUUUGCAUGAUGUCAAAUAACACUGCUAUUGCCGAGGCGUGGGCUCGUCUUGACCACAAGUUUGAUCUGAUGUAUGCCAAGCGUGCCUUUGUCCACUGGUAUGUUGGAGAGGGUAUGGAAGAGGGAGAGUUCUCAGAGGCUCGUGAAGAUCUUGCUGCUCUUGAGAAAGAUUACGAAGAGGUGGGAAUGGACACUUCUAUUGCUGCUGAAGGAGAAGACGAGACAGAGGAAGAGUUUUAAAGACUUCAUAUAUUUCAGUAGUAUUAAAAUAAUGCUGUUUUAUUGUUUAUUUAUACUCCCACUACACCCCAUGUCAUUCACUUUCUUUUAAUUAAAAUGUUAUGAUG